AUGAUGUUUUUACAUGCAUGUCGUUCAGAAAAAGAGAAUAAACAACAAAACAUACCCAACUUAAACCACAAGCUUGUUAAGGCCAGCACUGAUGGUGACUUGUGCAAGGUCAAAUACACCUUAUCUGAUGCCCGCACGGACAUCAACACCAGGGGCCUACACGGUAGGACACCAGUCAUGUUUGCAGCAGUGGAAGCACACAAGGAUGUGUUUGACGUACUUGUUCAUCAUGGGGCUAAUCUCGCACUCUUGGAUGACGAUGGUAACACUAUUCUGCAUGUGGCCUGUAAAGGAGGAAAUGUGGAGAUAGUGAAUUAUGUCCUCACACAGGACAGUGUGGACGUCAACAGUAUAAAUGGUGAGAUGCAGACUCCAGCAUGGACAGCAGCUCUACAUGGACAUAAGGAAGUGUUUGAUUUACUUUUGAGGAAAGGAACUGAUCUCCCAUAUGUCGAUUUUGACGAUAACACUAUUCUACACAUAGCAUGUAAGGGGGGAAAUAUUGAGAUAGUUAAUUAUGUAAUAACAGCAAAAAUUGUGGACAUUAACACGAGAGGAUUUGAAGGAUAUACACCAGUAAUGGAAGCGGCCGUCUCGGGACAUAAAGAUGUGUUUGACGUACUAGUGAGGAGAGGAGCUGAUCUGUCACUGUUUGAUGAUCAGGGUUGCACAAGUCUUCAUGCUGCCUGUCGAGGAGGUAAUGUAGAGACAGUAAAGUAUAUUCUCACACAGAACAUAGAAAUCAUCUACACCAGCUGCAGUGACGGGUCAACACCAGUAUUAGUGGCAGUAUCAAAUGGACAAAAAGAAGUGUUUGACCUUCUUGUAGAGAACGAAGCUGAUCUGUUAUUUGAGAACGAAAACGGUGACGGCAUUCUGCAUAACGCAUGUAGAGGGGGAAAUAUAGAAAUAGUAAAAUACAUUCUCAAACAGAGUAUUGUCGAUAUCAACAGUAGAGGAUAUUUUGGAUUUACACCAGCAAUGAUAACAGCCACAAGGGGACAAAAGGAUAUUUUCGACCUACUUCUGGCACACAGAGCUGAUCUGUUACUAGUGGAUGAGACAGGUAGCAACAUUCUUCAUAUCGCCUGUACAGGAGGACAUACGGGGCUGGUGAAUUAUGUCCUGAAACAGAACAUUGUGGACAUUAACAGUAGAACACCUGAGGGGUGGACGUCAGCAAUGAUAACAGCCUCUGCUGGGCACAAAGACGUGCUAACUUUACUUGUGACUGAAGGAGCUGAUCUGACCCUAGUUACAGGGAAACGUAGAAAUAUCCUUCAUAUUGCUUUUCAGCGUAAGCAUAUGGAGUUAGUGAAAUAUAUCCUCACACAGGACGUUGUUGAUAUCAACGAGGAAGACAGGCAGGGAAUAACACCAGUGUUGCUGGCAGCAGAGAGUGGACAUGGAGAUAUAUUUGACUUAAUGGUGAGUAAAGGAGCUGAUCUGUCAAGAGCUUAUGCUGAAGGUGACGCUUUUCUUCAUAAGGCCUGUGAGGGAGGAAAUGUGGAUAUAUUGAAGUAUGUCCUGAGACAGAAGAGCAUUGCGCAAGACAUCAACAGGAAAAAUACGGGUGGCAGGACACCAGCGAUGGUUGCAUCAAUCUCGGGACACAAACAAGUUUUGGAUUUACUUGCGAAGGAAGGUGCCGAUCUGACACUACUAGAUGCACGUCACAACACCAUUCUUCAUUUGGCCUCAAGAGCAAAUGGGGAGAUAGUGAGGUACUUUCUUUCUCAUAACAUUGUGGACAUUAACAGUAAAGGGGAAAAUGACAGGACACCAGUGAUGAUGGCUGCAAGUUCUGGGUGUAAAAGUGGAUUUGAUGUACUUGUGCAGAAAGGAGCUAAUUUGUCACUAGUAGAUACUGAUGGCAGCAACAUCCUUCAUUUGGCAAGCUUGGGAGGAUCAUCUCAGGUUGUGACUCAGACUAUGGCCCCACCUAAACCAACUCCUGAAUUACCAGCACCUAACAAACCAUCGCCUGAAAUGCCCAAAAAACAAAAGAAGAAACAAAACAAGAAAAUUUCUACUAAGAUCCCUACUCUCAGUGAAACAUCUGUAGAUGUUCACAAUUACUUUGAUCCUCUCGAGAUGGAUGUUACUCCAUCUUCCAUGAGUGGUGACUCUUCUUCACGUUCACGUGAGCGAUCUCCUAUAGAACCGCCAUGA